UUCAGAUUUCAAUAUUACUUGAUUAGGCUUGGCCGUGCAAUGAACGAUCGUGUGGAGUCGUGUACUGUAGCUAGAGUUAUCCUUGUUUAGGUGUCAAGGAGACUUCAUUAGACUAGACAAUACUAGCCAUGAGUGCGCUAAAGAAGAUGUUCGGUAAGAAGGGGAAGGACGAGCCAGAGGAAAGUACCAGCCCGGGAGCUGAAGAGGGCCCUGCUGACAGUGAACCUGUUAGAACUAGAGGAAUCAUGUUUGCUGGCGAGGAUGACGAUGAUGAGCCUCCCAAGAGGAAGGGAGGUGGUAUAUCAUUCGCUGAACCUCCUCCUCCUGAUUCUAAAGACUCAAAGAAGAAGAAAGCUAAGGGGAAACAUGUUCGAGUUGUGCUAGAAGAAGACGCAGAGUCUGGUAAGAAGACGAAGAGCAAGUCCACAUCCAGCAAGACAAAGAGCCAGCCUCCGCCAAUAGAAAUCAAGAAGAAGAUCAGCAAGUGCAAGGAUGAGAAGUCACCCAUUCUAGACCUGAGCAAAGCUGAUUUGUCAGAGAUACCCUCCAGCAUUAAAGAGCUUCACUGGUUGGAGGAGCUGUAUGCAUAUGGUAAUCGCGUGGGCAGUCUCCCGCACGAAGUCUGUAACCUCAAGAAACUCAGAAAACUAGCAGUCAACGAAAACCUCCUCCAAACUCUACCAGAUGACCUUCGUAACCUUGUGGCUUUGCAAGUGCUGGAUCUGCGUCACAAUCGCUUUAAAGAGAUUCCCUCGAUCAUCUUCCAGCUCACUGCACUCAAGACACUGUAUCUGCGAUGUAACAAGAUUAAGGUCGUACAGCCAGAGCUGGGGAACCUCCAGAACAUCACAACUCUGAUUCUCCGUGAGAACAAGAUCACUGCCCUCCCUCCAGAUAUCGGCCGUCUCACUUCAAUCACAGCCCUCGAUGUGUCUCACAACAACCUCCACACUCUACCAGAGGAGAUUGGUCAGUGCAGUCAACUGGUGUUCCUGGAGCUACAACAUAACGAACUCCAGUCGCUACCGGUAACCGUCGGCAACUGUACCUCCCUACGACGUCUUGGGCUGAGGUAUAACAAGUUGGCUGAGCUCCCCAACACUUUGUGUGAGUGUACGGAACUGGAGGACAUCAGUCUGGAGAGCAACUCACUACAAUCACUACCAGAGCAGUUGUUUGGCUCAAUAAAGAAGAUCACGGCCAUCCAGUUGAGUAGGAACGGAUUCGUUGCUUUCCCCAUCUCAGACCCCACCCACCUCGGAAAAGUCAACUCCCUGACCAUAGAGCACAACAAGAUCACCAAAGUUCCUCUGGGGAUAUUCUCACAAGCCCCUGAGUUAACGAGUGUUAAUCUAAGGGACAAUCAAAUAGCAACUCUACCACUGGACUUUGGUACGUGGGUGGCACUCACUGAGCUGGACCUGGGCACCAACCAGCUCUCAUCAAUACCAGAGGAUAUCCAAGAGCUCACUAGACUAGAGGUCUUGGUCCUCUCCAACAAUGCCAUCAGAAACCUGCCCAAGGGCAUCUCUGCCUUGCGUAACCUUCGUAUGUUGGACCUGGAGGGGAACAAGUUGGAGUUCCUAGCCACUGAGAUCAGCUACCUCAGGGAGUUACAGAAACUGAACGUUCAGUCCAACAGAAUCACUAACCUGCCCCGAGGAUUGGGAUUGCUGGUGAACCUUCAGUACCUCGGUGCUGGAGAGAACAACCUCCUCGAGAUCCCAGCAGAGAUAGGCACUCUAGAGAACUUGGAGGAGUUGUAUUUGAAUGACAAUCCUAACCUCCAGUCCCUGCCCUAUGAGUUAGCUCUCUGCAAGCGCCUGGCUCUAAUGAGUGUCGAGGGUUGUCCUCUCUCUCGACUGCCCCCUCAUGUAGUCGAUGGAGGCCCCUCCGCUAUUAUACAGCACCUCAAGUACCAAGGCCCCUAUCGAGGUAUGCGGUAACUGACCCCCAUGAACCCUACCGAUAUAGCGAUUGUCGUAGUAAAUAACAAUUUUACAACACUUAUUUUAGUAUUUUUGUAUGGUCAGUGAGCCAUAGAUUAUUCAACCUGUUUGGGUGUGCACUGAUUGUUUCGCCAGAUAAGACUCUUAGAUCUCAUUGUCACUGUAAGUAAUUAACUUAUAAUUAUUAAAAAUUAUUAAAGUGUUCACUGUUUCACUAUUAUUAUGGUUUAAUUAUUAUUGUCCAUAUCACAUUGAAAAAAAGUUUUUUUGCAACACAAUAAA